AACAAACAAAGAAGAAGAACACUUCUCUACGUGCUCUACCAUAAAGAAAAAAAUCCUCUUCUCAUGCAUCGGAUGUGUUGACUGCUGUGACAAUGGUGGAACAAGAGAACAAGAGGUCUGUUGAACGCAACAUUGUGCACUGUUUGCGGUGCCACAAGCCACAGGAGAGCCUCCCUGUUCACCUGGCCAGGGUGUGCAUGAAAAAAAGCACAGCAGAGGAGAGAUCGGAUGAGGUGCAGAAGGCCAAGGCUUCCAGCAGAGAGUGGAUCCGGAAGAACAGGACCUGGAAUUACGAGCAGCUCCGUGAGCUCCUGCCUGACAGACGCUCUCGGAUCACCAUGGUCAAGGAGCUUCUUCGCCGUGGUUUCUUCAUCAGGAACCAGCACGAGGAGUCCGACAUGGUCUUGGACCCUGAAGGUGACUCGGCCUCUGUUGAUGCUGCCACCACCACCGCCGAAUCCUCCGGAGAUCCUCAAACCAUAUCCCAUUGUGUAAGGAUAAAGAUGAAGGAGGUGGGUCUGCAUGACAAGUUCCCUGCUCGGGCCAAGCUCCUGGUGGGCUUUAAAAAGUACCUGACUGUGUCAAGGAAGGUCCCCAAGUGGCAACAGGAGGUUGACAACGUGUCACGUUUCCUUCGGUACUUGCAGCCCACUGGGAGUGAGCUGUCAUACUCAGCUGUACGGUUAACGCCGGACACCGCUGACACAUUUUUGUCAACUCUUGCCCACCCCAUCUUUGUUGACAACGUGUCACGUUUCCUUCGGUACUUGCAGCCCACUGGGAGUGAGCUGUCUCUGGACUUCCUGUCAAAAAGCAGAGAGACCCGGGACUUUCUGACGGCCCUGAAGCGCACUGACAUGUCUUUAGCCAGCAUCCACAAUUACAUCAAGAGCAUGAAAAGGUUCUUAGAGUACUUGACACCAAGGCUGGACAUUAAAAAAAGAGACCCGCAGCUGCGGACCAACUGCCAGAGAUACACUAACAUGCUGAAGACCCUGCGGAAGACUGUACUCAAGAGACGUGAUGACAAGACGUGUGACCCGAGACCUGAUGGCACUCCCUACAUUAAAGAUUGCCAGAAGAUUUUGAGAGUGGCAAAGCCAGACUUCCUCAGGAUCCAUGAGAAUCUGCUUAUUGGCAAAGUGGUCUCAAAUAAAGAGAAGACGCUGUACCGCUAUUACUGCGAGGCGCUCUUGGUCUUCCGUCACAUGCAGAGUCCAGGAGCUGUGGAAGGCUUGACAGAUGCAGACUGGGUAGAUAGGAUUGCACAAGGUGGCAGGGUGGUGAUUGGCGUAAGGAAGGAGAAAAUGUGCUUUCAGCUGUACUACAAGGAGAUCAGGCCUAAGAACAUUGGGCUCAAAAAAUUCUGCCAAAGUUUUUUUACUUCUACGUCCGGCGAGGCUGUUCACAGUGUCUCACAAGACAUGACUCGCCUCCAUGAAAUGUAUAAGCUGACCCCUUUCAGGAGUUAUGAUGUACGGAGGGCCGUUGAGAACGCUGCAGAAAAGCUACCAGCGCACCAACAUAAGGCCGUGAAUCAUUACCUGGCCCAUAGAACUAGUGCGGACAGAAGGCCACAGCCUCAGGAUAUUGUGGAUGCAGCUAUGCUGCUGGACUCCUUGAAGGGCACUUCUUCAGAUGAUGACACCUCCUUGGCUGAACUGAGUACUGCUGGAACCAGCAAGGAGCAACACGCUUCGCGGAACGACUUCUCUGCCUUUCUGGCCAGGUUUCCGGUUUCGUUGGAGGGCCAGCCACCGACCAAAAAGCGGCGGGUCAAUUCAGGGUUUCCUAAAGACCGUGUCUUUUACGACAGGUGGAGAGCCACCCAGUAUACCCAGAGAGAGGAAUAUCUGCUGUCACAAUUCACACACCACAAGCCUUCUGCCUCAAAGGUGGCAAGGCUGAUUGCGCAGGAGGGGUGGAAGGCCAACUAUCCAAAGCCAGAAAAAAUCGAACGGCUGUGGAAACCAGCGCCCACAGGCACCAUUGAGGCAGAUGAGGUUAUAAUAAAAUGUGUGUCUGAGCAGGCCUGGACAGGCCUGGUCGUCAAGGACUUUGGAGCUGAGGAGGGUCUAGGGGUGGUCGCAACCCGACCGUUUUCUAAAGGCGACAUUGUGUGCGAUUACCACGGAAAGGUAAUCAGAGCAGCCGAAGGGAUGGCCAUGAUGGAGGGACUUCAUGACCAGGCCAGGUACCUCUUCUUCUUCAAAGCUGGACAGAGAGACCUGUGCAUUGAUGCAAAGACUGGCUGCGAUUGCCACAGAGACACAGUUGGCCGAAGAAUUAAAUGUUGUUCUAAGAGGCCCAACCUGGAGCCCCUUCACUGUGUGAUGAAGGUAAACGGAGAGGACAAGGAUGUCAUCCUCUUCAAGGCGCUGCAGGACAUCAGCAUCGACACACAAUUAAAAUUUUACUCUGGAGUAAUAAGAAAGUCUUUCCUUGGCCUGGACCUGGACUGGCUGGAUGAGUAGGCCAGGUCCACAGAUCCAUGAUCUGCUUCUCCACUGGCAGGCCAGUGCGAGCCAGUGCUUUCAACGGGCUGGUGGGACAAAUAGCCUUGGACCAGUAGCACCAAGCCCAAACUCAGGCUGCGUUUCCACUGUCGGACCAGUGCUUAAUCAAAAUGUCCUCAACACGCCUCUCUGGAAUAACAGCACGCAACCUCAUCAUCUCACCAACAAGACGUUUUCUCACAUUGGAAACUAGCAAGAUUGCAAAACGGAACAUAAAUUGUUUGAAUUUUUUGGGUUUUUUUUACUUAUAGAAUUAAAACCCAAGCAACAAUGUUUUACCACAGUUCUACAAUAAAAACAAUGAUACAAUGAUAAUUCAUUUGUGCCAGGACUGCUC